CAAUUUUACCCAAAUAUGUAUCGUCUCUCUCUUUCUCUAAAAACGAUCGAUUAGGGCGAAGGAGAAGAAGGGGCGGGGGCAAAAAUGGGUGGCGAAGGGAGAUCUCGGAAGAGGCGAUCGUCUCCAUCUCCGAAUCCCUCUCAAGACGACGAAGAGCGGAGCGCAAAGCACCGGAAGAGGAGGGACGAGAGAGAGAGGAAGGAGAAGGAGAAGAAGAAGAGUAAGAACAAGAGCGAGAAAUCGCGCGGGACCUCGAGGAAUCGGGAUGGGAAAGAGAAGAAAUCGAAGGAUAAGAGCAAGCGCAGCAGGAAAGAUGAUGAUUCAGAUUUCAAGGAGCUGUCGAAGGACGACUACUUCUCGAAGAACAACGAGUUCGCAACAUGGUUGAAAGAAGAGCGAGGGAUAUACUUCUCCGACCUCUCAUCCGACGCCGCCAGGGACCUCUUCUCGAAAUUCGUCAAAGAGUGGAAUAGUCGAAAUCUCGAAUCGCGGUACUACCAAGGCAUUGCCAGCGGAGUCCGCAGCGCCCACAAUUGGAAGAUCAAAACAUGAGAAACAGAUGCCGCCGAGCUUUUCUUUUUCGUGACUAAAAAUACAAACAAAAUCCCUCCUCGAUAUAUCGCAUGUUACACUUCAUCAUCUUGUACUCGGUUUUGAUUAUCUCGUCGCAGGAGUAAGGGGGUUGUAUCCAUUUUAGCCUCUCUUUUUUUCUAUUUUCAUUUUGUAACUUUUGUAGGAUUAGCUAUGCAUUUUAUGAUGUAUCUGAGCUUAGCAUCAACUUUUUCUUGUUUUUGUUCUUUGAACUCUCUCAUAGUUGAUGAAUACUCUUUGUGUAUUUCCUGCAGUAAUUUUGAUACAAUGAGAAUAUAACAGUGAUUCUAGUACCC